GUUUUACUCGUCUCCGCAACGGCCACCAUGGCGUCCAACUUACUCAGACGGACGCCGUUUCCCCGCCUUGAGAAAUUACCGCGCAAAAGCUACCUUGCCCCUCUUCGUUUGCUGAACGUCGACCAUGCUCAGCCCCUGCAAGGCAUCCCACCACCACUUCAGGGCAUCAAAGUGCUGGACCUCACUAGGGUACUCGCGGGGCCCACGGCCACCAUGCUUCUCGCCGACCUGGGUGCGGACGUCGUGAAGGUGGAGGAAGUUUCUCGAGGUGACGACACGAGAUCCUGGUACCCGCCCGCUGCCCCUUUAUCCGAGUUCGCGCCAGAGGAAGCGGCACACCUGCCCCCCGAGUCGGCAUACUUCCUCGCCGUCAAUAGGAACAAGCGAUCCAUCACGGUGAACUUCAAGGAGCCGGAGGGUCUGGCUAUCGUACAUAAGCUCGUCCAGCGGUCAGAUGUGCUUGUGGAGAACUUUGUGUCCGGGAAACUGGCCGAGUUCGGACUCGGCUGGGAGGACUGCAAGAAGAUCAAUCCAAGGCUCAUAUAUGCUAGUAUUACAGGAUACGGUCAGACAGGGCCAUACCGCAAAGCUGCUGGGUAUGACGUGAUAGUUGAGGCUGAGGCAGGCCUCAUGCACAUUACCGGUGAACCCGACGGUCCACCAUGCAAGGUCGGCGUAGCCGCGACGGACAUUGCCACUGGCUUGUAUGCACACGGGGCGAUCAUGGCCGGACUACUCUCCAGGGCUCAGACGGGACAGGGCGCAUGGAUCGACUGCAAUUUGUUCGAGUCACAGCUUGCUGGUCUGGCGAACAUCGCAUCGAACUACCUCAUCGCCGGCCAAGAAGGGGGAAGGCAUGGCACUGCACACCCCUCUAUUGUACCGUACCAGGUCUUCCCGUGCAAGGACGGGUUCAUUAUGAUAGGUGCUGGGAACGACAAGCAGUUCAAGCUUUUCGCUGAAGCCAUUCUUGGACGACCUGAUCUACCGGCGGACCCGAAAUUCAGCAGCAACAAAGCCCGAGUAGCUAAUAGGCAGGAGCUUGUGGCACUGAUUACGGAGACAUUGCAGAAGGAGGGGCGCGACCACUGGAUAGAGAAGCUCACUGGUUUGGGUGUGCCGUUCGGCCCUAUCAACAACAUUCACCAAACUUUCGCUCAUCCACAGGUGGCUGCUCGCCAGAUGGUAUCCGAGGUGGAGCAUCCUCGCGCGGGGAAGAUCAAGCUGGUCUCGCCAGCAGUCACUUACAAUGGCAGACGGAUGCCAAUCACGAGACCUCCUCCAUAUCUAUCGCAGCACACCAGAGAGGUGCUUACCGAGUUGGGGUAUCGGGAUGAAGAGACCUCGGAACUCAAAGCGAAGAAGAUCAUUUAACGAGAGUUCGACCAGUAAUAUCACGUUGGGCGCAUUUGCAUCCGUCUUGUGCUUCAGCCCGACUCCACCUGACAGUCGUGGUUUUGCUCCAUGAUGUGGUACAAUGGUCAAGUGCACUGCG